UAUUUGAGUUUGACGUUAUAUUUCGACGACUGAUGAUAAAAGAAUAACCAUUGGGUUAUUUAAACAACUUAGUGAAAUCUAAAACAUAUAAAUUAUAAAUAAUGGGUGAUAUAGAUAAAUGGAUAGAAGUUGCGAAACGGUGUAAAUACUUACCAGAAGAUGAUCUUCGACAACUCUGUGAUAUAGUGUGUGAUUUGUUAAAGGAUGAACCAAACGUACAACCGGUACAAACACCUGUAACUGUAUGCGGUGAUAUCCAUGGUCAGUUUUAUGAUCUAGAGGAGCUAUUUCACAUAGGAGGGCAAGUUCCAGACACAAAAUACAUAUUUAUGGGAGACUAUGUUGACCGAGGUUACUAUAGUCUCGAAACACUUACACUUCUUCUGGCACUUAAAGCUAGAUAUCCGGACAGGAUAAUUUUAUUAAGAGGAAAUCAUGAAACAUGUCAAAUAACUAAAGUUUAUGGAUUUUACGAUGAAUGCCUUAAUAAGUACGGCAAUGCAAAUGCUUGGAAAGAUUGUUGUAGGGUUUUUGAUAUGCUUACCGUUGCAGCAUUAAUAGACGAAACAAUCUUCUGUGUCCAUGGAGGUUUGUCUCCUGAGAUAGCAAAGAUAGAUCAAAUUAGAUAUAUUGAUAGAAACCAGCAAAUUCCUCACAAAGGUGCCUUCUGUGAUUUACUAUGGUCUGAUCCUGCUGAUCUUAAGAAGUGGUCUGUAAGUCCGCGGGGUGCUGGAUGGCUAUUUGGAAGUGAAGUAACUGAACAAUUUAUGACAUACAAUAAUUUGAAUCUUAUAUGUCGAGCACAUCAACUUGUAAAUGAUGGUUACAAAUACAUGUUCGAUAAAAGAUUAGUUACAAUUUGGUCGGCACCAAACUAUUGUUACCGGUGUGGUAAUGAAGCAUCAAUAAUGGAGUUUAAAACAGUUAAUGACAGAAAUGCUAAGAUCUUCCAAGCAGUACCUGAUAGUGAAAGGGAAGUUCCACCUCAGCAUACUACACCAUACUUCUUGUAAUGUAGAGAAUAUGCUCAAUGUAUUAUAAGUAUUUCAUGAAUAUAUCGUAAAUUUUGUAUAUUAAACUGUUGUACAUUG